AUGCUCAACCAAGCACUUCGAAUGUUAGAUGGCGAUAUAAUCAUUAACAUGGGUUUCUUCCUACGAGAUAUACAUCAACAAAUUCAACAGCUGUACGAACAACAGGUCAGUACUUAUGGUAGAAAAUCUUUUAUAGUUUAUCGUGGACAAGGUCUUAUGAAAUCAGACUUCGAAAAACUUCAAAGAACAGAAGGCGGUCUAAUGUCAUUUAACAAUUUCUUGUCCACCAGCAAAGAUGAAGAAGUAUCUAUCGGUUACGUUCGCAUCGCUUCAACAGAACCAGACAAGGUGGGUAUUCUUUUUAUAAUCUCGAUUGAUCCGUGUAUUAAAUCAACACCAUUUGCCUGCAUUACUGCACAUAGUUAUUACAAGGCACAAGAAGAAGAAGUUCUCUUCUCAAUGCACAGCGUGUUUCGAGUGGGUACCAUUAAACAAAUCGAUGAUAACAAUCAACUUUAUCAGGUUGAAUUACAAUUAACAUCGGAUGAUGAUCAACAAUUACGAUUACUAACUGAUCGGAUACGAGUAGAAGCUGGUGGUGAUACGGGUUGGAAACGAUUGGGCAGCUUAUUGCUUAAAAUUGGUCAAUUUAAUAAAGCGGAAAAACUUUAUAACGUAUUACUCCAACAGACAUCUGAUGAGAGUGAAAAAGCGUUUUAUUAUAAUCAAUUGGGAUUAGUGCAUUCAAGUAAAGGCGAUUAUGAAAAGGCUAUUUGCCAUUUCGAGCAGGGACUUGAAUUUGAUGAAAAAACUCUCCCUUUAAAUCAUCCUUAUUUGGCUACUUCAUACAACAACAUCGGUUUGGUGCUUAAAAAGAUGGGAGAGUACUCGAAAGCACUUUCAUAUUACGAAAAAGCACUUGAAAUUGAUGAAAAAAUUCUUCCUUCAAAUCAUCCUGAUUUGGCUGCUUCAUAUAGCAACAUAGGCAUGGUGCAUAAAAAAAUGAGAGAAUACUCGAAAGCACUUUCAUAUUAUCAAAAAGUACUUGAAAUUGACGAAAAAAAUCUGCCUUCAAAUCAUCCUGAUUUGGCUACUUCAUACCACAACAUCGGUUUGGUGCAUAAAAAGAUGGGAGAGUACUCGAAAGCACUUCCAUACUAUGAAAAAGCACUUGAAAUUGAUGAAAAAAUUCUUCCUUCAAAUCAUCGUGAGUUGGCUACUACAUACAAUAACAUCGGUUUGGUGCAUAAAAAGAUCGGAGAGUACUCGAAAGCACUUUCAUACUACGAAAAAGCACUUGAAAUUGAUGAAAAAACUCUCCCUUUAAAUCAUCCUGAUUUGGCUACUUCAUACAACAACAUCGGUUUGGUGCAUAAAAAGAUCGGAGAGUGUUCGAAAGCAUUUUCAUUUUACGAAAAAGCACUUGAAAUUCGACAAAUAUCUCUUCCUUCAGAUCAUCCUGACUUGGCAACCUCAUACAACAAUAUCGGUUUUGUGUAUCGCAAUAUGAAAGACUAUUCAAAAGCACUCUCAUAUUUUGAACGUGCUCUGGACAUAUAUCAGCGUGCGUUACCUGCUACUCAUCCUGAUAUUAAAGACGUGAAAGAAAGUAUUGAAACUAUAAGAAAAGAAAUUACAAAAAAAUAG